ACACUGUCCGUGACGUAAAAAACGUCAUGUAGUAUAAAAACGAGGUCCCUCCUCUUGCGCUCAAUUCUGGAUUUGGUCAGAGGUAUGAAUUUGCUUUGCCGAAGACUGAACCGCCGAGGACUUUGAACAACUCUACUCAAAUUCAUAUUUUUUUCUUCAAGUAAUGGACAUUUGAUUUCUAUUUUUGCCUCCAGUUUGUUCCUGAAGGAAAGGCUAGCAUUUAGCUACCACAGCCCCACCCAUAAGAGGUCUUUCAGUUGAUAUUAAAACCAUGAAGGUUGACGACAUAAAAUUUAUGAAAUAAGAGAUAUAAGUGCCUGAAAGGCACACUAUAAUAUACCCGAGACGCUGAGGAUCUAUAGUAUCAAUAAUAUGGCAGGCGGACCAGUGGACCCCAGAGAGAUUUUGAAGGGUGUGGAGGCUCUGCUGGGGAAGGACGGAGAGCUCCGCAGCCUGGAGGGAGUCCCAAAGGUGUUUAGCCUGAUGAAAGCUUCUACCAAGAUGGUCAGUAGAUGUAUGUACCUGAAUAUCCUGCUGCAGACGAAAUCCCAUGAUGUUCUUAACCGGUUUAUCAGAGUUGGUGGUUACAGGCUGCUCAACUCCUGGCUUACCUACUCAAAAACCACCAACAACACCCCUCUACUGCAGCUCAUCUUGCUCACACUGCAGAAGCUGCCUCUCAAAGUGGACCACCUCAAACAGAACAACACAGCCAAGCUGGUGAAGCAGCUGAGCAAGAGCGCAGAGACUGAAGAUCUGAGGAAGUUAGCGUCUGUGCUCGUAGAUGGCUGGAUGGCUACAAUCCGCUCUCAGAGUGUCUCAAGCAGUGGCAACUCUCCUGCUGAUAAGAAAAAGAAGAAAGAGGAGAGCAAGUUGCUGGUGCGGGAUGUGAAGGAAAAGAGUGGAGAUGAGGAGAAGAAGAAGGAGAAACCUAAAGCUCAUGCACCCAGCCACACAAAGAUUCGCUCCAUAGGAUUGGAGAUGGACACUCCCAACCUGGCCCCUGCUAAGAAGGCGCCCACUGCCCCACAGCUGGGUGACAAGUACAACAUCAAGCCUCCAGUCCUCAAGAGGCCAAGCUCUGGUACAUCAGAUGCUCCACCCCUGGAGAAAAAAUACAAACCUCUAAAUACCCCCUCUAACUCAGCCAAAGAGAUCAAAGUCAAGAUCAUUCCAGCACAACCAAUGGAGUGCACUGGGUUCCUAGAUGCUCUGAACUCUGCCCCAGUGCCUGGGAUAAAGAUCAAGAAGAAGAAACCCAGUACUAGUACUACAGCAAAUACCAAGGCUGCCUCCCCAACGUCUAACAAGGGGAGUCCAUUUGACAGCAAACCCACUGCAUAUUCUUCAUCUUCUGCUAAACCAUCGUCUCCAGAAACUGCUGUUUCCGCCACUCCUACUGAUGAAAACCAGGAGCCAGAGCAGCCUGGGACCCCUGUCCCCUCUGAGGAUCCUGAGGCCUCUGACAAUUGUGAGAAACCUAACGCUCUGGCAGAACCACGUGGAGAAGAAGAAAGCUUGACCAAGAAGGGCAAGAAGAAGAAAACAGUUCACUGGGCUGAGGAGGAGCAGCUUAAACAUUAUUUUUACUUUGAUCUGGAUGAGACAGAGAGAGUCAACGUCAACAAGAUCAAGGACUUUGGUGAGGCUGCCAAACGAGAGCUGAUGAUGGACAGGCAGACGUUUGAGAUGGCCCGCCGGCUCUCCCACGACACCAUGGAGGAGAGGGUUCCCUGGACACCCCCGAGGCCCUUGACACUGGCCGGCAGCCUGGUCAUCCCCGGUGCCAACAGCACAGAGAAACUCACCCAGAGAGAUCGUGAGAUGGGCAUUCUGCAGGAGAUCUUCCUUAGCAAAGAGAGUGUGCCUGACAGUCCACAUGAACCAGACCCAGAGCCAUAUGAACCUAUGCCUCCCCGUCUCAUCCCUCUGGAUGAGGACUCCUCCAUGCUGGAUGAUGGCUAUGUGGAGCCCAUGGACACCACAUCACAGCAGGGUUCUGCCAUGGCCCAGAACGAGAGCUCCAAGCUGCCGCCUGUCCUGGCCAACCUCAUGGUCAACCUGAGCAACAGCUCCCGCAGCCCACAAGCUACAAACGCUGUCAACAACCCUGUGGCUCCCUCUGUCAACGUACAGGAGCUGCUCUCAUCCAUCAUGGGUGCUUCUGGUAACCAGUCUACUGAAGACUUAAUCAAGCAGCCCGACUUCUCAGACAAGAUUAAACAGCUACUGGGCUCCCUGCAGCAGACCCAGAACCAGAACCAGGGUGGACCUCCACCAGUCAACCAGGGUUUACUGGGUCACGGUCCAGGCAUGAACAAUAUGAACAACAUGAACGUGCACAUGCAGAUGCCCAUGAAUGGUGGCUACCCGCCCAACAACCCGCCUGGUGGCCCCCGCUUCAACCACCCCCCGCCCCCUCACAACCACGGACCACCUUUCAAUAGUGGAGGCCCACGCAUGAUGGGGCCACCACCAGGCCAGGGCCGAGGAGACAACGGCAGCUACUGGGGAGACGACUCCAUGAGAGGAGGGCCCCACAGAGGAGGUCACUUCCACCGAGGAGGAAGGGGCCGAGGAGGAGGAGAGCCAGGCUUCAGGGGCCGAGGAAGAGGAGGGCCCAGAGGAGGACACAACAACAUGAACGAUAUGUCCAAGAGGCCUGUGUGUCGUCACUUCAUGAUGAAGGGAAGCUGCAGCAGCUGGUAUCGAAUAUGGAGAGAUUGUGUAGAAGCAACUGUGGUGUGUGUUGUCAUAUGUAAGUUUCCUGCGUGUGCACUGUGGCUCAGCAGCACAAUCAGACUGUCAGUUUGAGAGCGUGUGGCCAACUAUCAUGAGCGCCAAAACAUGCCAUGGUCCUGUGAGAAGAGCUUCUCACUGAUCCCAGAGCUGCUGCCUGUGUCUUGUGUACUUCAACCUGAACCCAGGAUGGGUUUAUUUUGUCAGUGUUAGAGUCAGAUGAAUGAUGAACUGCUCUGUAGGUCAGCUAUAUUGAAUGUUUUCUAUGAAAACAAUGACCCUGACAAUGACCUGCAUCUUGUGGGACUGUAAGAAUCUCAUGUUUUUUGUUGCUGUAUCCACUCUCUCCUCAUUUUUUUUGGAUCAUAUUUUCAGUUGAAAUUUUUUGUACACGGUGUAUUGAAUAAAUUCCCAUAUAUAAAUUUUGCUUUGUUUUCUUGGCAAGUCGGACUGCUGAGAAAAGUAAGCAGUUUGGAUUAAAUGAUAACAUUCUUAUAAGAAUAAUUACACGGAAUUGUACAUAAUGCAAACUCCUGUAAAAUAUGUAAUGCAAACAUAUUAGGAUAGGUUAUUUUUUUUUCCUAAGUCUAUACAACACUCACAUGCCAUGUGAACAUGGAAGUGUUUUCAAUCAUUCCCCCUGUCCAUACUGGCCAGGAAGUUAUCCCAUCCAAGUAUGACUCCACUGUAAAAGAUUGGAGACAGAUGUAGAUUCAACUUAUGGCAAAUUUUACAAACUUUUAUAAUGUUUGAAAUAAUAAAAUACAAAUAAGCACAAACUGCAUCCUUGAAAUUACUAGAGUAGAAUCACAUACUGUAAGCUCUACAAAACAGAAAGACAAAUGCACUUAUUAGUGCAGGACUACAAUUCAAUUUAGUUCAGGUUUUACAGAUGUUUUUGUUGUGUUCGCACCCUGUGAAUAUUUAGAAGACGAAAAAGUAAAAAACUUACCACCUGUGGUAAAUUUGAGAGAUUGGACACAAUUUGGAGAGGCUCACACCUGUCUAUAAUUUCUCACAGCUGACAAUGCAUAUGCGAUCAAAAACCAAGCCAUAAAGUUGAAGGAAUUGCCUGCAGUGGGUCAGAUAUAUGACUGUGUAGAGGCACAGAUAUGUUCCCAAGAGCUAAGUGAUCUCCAUAAUUCUUAAAUGGAAGAAGUUUGGAACAACAAGGACUCUUCCUAGACCUGGUUGCCCAGCCAAACUGAGCAAUCAGGGGAAAGGGGCCUGGUAAGAGAGGUGACCAAGAACCCAAUGGCCACGCUGACUGAGCUUCAGAGAUCCUGUGUGGCGAUGGGAGAAACAUCCAGAAGGAGAAUCAUCACUGCAACACUCCACCAAUCUGGGCUUUAUGGCAGAGUGGCCAGACGGAAGCCUCUCCUCAGUGAAAUCCAGCUUGGAGUUUGCAAAAAAGUACAUAAGAAACCAAGACUUAACUAUUUAGCCUCCAGUCUAAGCGUCAUGAGGAAACCAGGCAACGCUCAUCAGCUGCCCAAUAUCAUCCCAACAGUGAAGCAUGGUAGUGGCAGCAACAUGGUGUGGUGGUGUUUUCAGCAGCAGGGAGAGGGAUACUGGUCAGGGAUGAGGAACAGCUGAACAGAGCAAAGUGCAGAGACAUCAAGGUCCAGAGGCACUCAGGAGCUCAGACUGGGCCACAAGUUCAGGUUCCAACAGGACCAUGACCCUAAACACACAGGCAAGAAACAUAGGAGGGCUUUUUGAAUGUCCUUCAGUGGUCCAGCCAGAGCCCUGACUUGAACCCAAUCAAACAUCUUGCUAAAGAGACCUGAAAAUGGCUGUCCACCGAUGGUGUCCAUCCAAUCUGAUAGAGCUUGAGAGGAUCUGCAGAGAAGAAUGGCAGACAAUCCCCAAAUUCAGGUGUUGCAUCAUACCAAAGAAGACCUGAGGCUGUAAUCGCUGCCAAAGGUGCAUCAACUAAAUAGGGUCUGAAUACUUAUGUCAGUGUGAUGUUCUAGUUUUUUCUUUUUAAUAAAUUUGCAAAUGUCUCUAGUGCCAUCAUCAGUCAACAUUUUAAUUUGUGCCAUACUUUUGUUUAUGACCAAAUAACUUCCAAACUGAUGACUUGCUGCAGAAGUCCUGGUCUUAUUUUCUCUGUUACAAUCUUGUCUCUUGACAGGAGGUGGAUCAACCAAGCAACUGCUGCUUGACACUCAGCCCCACACAAUGCACUGGUGAUAUUUACCUUUACAAUAUAUAAGAAAAUAAAGGACUAUUUAAAGAAAGUGAAAAUUCCUGUGU